AAGAUCUGAAUGUGCAUCGGAACUUCAAUCGUAUCUGGUUUUACCAAUGGCCAGAUAGAUAACCUUCGAGCGGAAUAGAACAAACCAAACUCAAAUAUGCCACUAACAUCGCUUGGUGCUGGUGGUCGUCGUUAGCGCGUCGGUUCUUCUAUGCUACUUUUUGCAUAAGUGGUGAAAUGAACGGCAACGGAGGCGCUUUCUGCUGGUGCAGUUUAAUGUAUGUGACAUUGUUUUUCCUGUCGUUCCUUGGCAUCGGGUUUCUGACGGUAUGCGUGCUCCUGAGGCAGCUAAUAAAAUUCCAGCGUCGGAAGCGGCCUGAUCAGAACGUAAAACGUGUGGCGUUCUUCCAUCCGUACUGCAAUGCCGGUGGUGGCGGGGAGCGUGUACUGUGGUGCGCGUUGCGGGCACUUCAACAGCGCUACGACGACAUCCGGUUGUACGUGUACACCGGCGAUGUAGAUGCGACGCCGGCGGAAAUACUGGCGAAGGCGGAACGCAACUUUAAUCUCGAUCUCAACGCGGACCAAAUUUCGUUCGUUUUCCUGCGAAAACGGCGCUGGGUCGAGGCCGCGUGCUACCCACACUUCACGCUGCUGGGACAAAGCCUCGGCUCGAUAGUGCUGGCCUUCGAGGCCCUGCUGAAGCUGCAACCGGAUGUUUACGUCGACACGAUGGGCUACGCCUUCACUUACCCGGUGUUCGCCUACUUUGGGGGUUGCAAAAUCGGUUGCUACACGCACUACCCGACCAUCAGCACCGAUAUGUUGCGUAGAGUGCAGUCGCAGACGCCGAGCUACAACAACCGCGGGUACGUGGCUAAGAACCCGUUCGCCACGUGGCUGAAGAUAGUCUACUAUCGCAUGUUUUCCCGUGUCUACGGUUGGGUGGGUCGGUGCGCCGACACAAUCAUGGUGAACUCGACGUGGACCGAGAACCACAUCGUGUCGCUGUGGGACGUCCCGUACAAGACGCACCGCGUGUACCCGCCUUGCGAGGUAUCCAAACUGAAGCGACUCGGAGAGCGGAAAAGUGAAAAUGACCACCGCCGUGUGGAAGAGGCGAAGGACGACGAGGAAGGUCUCGAUGAUCGGAUCAUCAUUCUUUCGGUGGGCCAGUACCGACCGGAGAAGGACCAUCCGUUGCAGCUGCAAGCGAUGUACGAGUUACGCACCCUGUUGAACAACGAUGAGGCACUCUGGAACCGAUUGCGGUUACAGAUCGUCGGGUCGUGCAGGGACGAUGAGGAUCACGUGCGGGUGAAGAACAUGCAGGAUCUGGCGAAGCAUUUGUCGCUAGAGAACUCGGUUGAGUUUCGGGUAAACGUGUCGUACGCGGAGCUGCUGCAGUGUUAUCAGCGCGCUACCAUCGGACUGCACUGCAUGUGGAAUGAACAUUUCGGCAUCAGCGUCGUGGACUGCAUGGCGGCCGGGCUAAUAAUGGUGGCCAACCGUUCCGGUGGCCCACUGAUGGACAUUGUCGAAACGUCAGAGGGCAGCCAAAACGGCUACCUGGCGUUCGAUGCCUACGAUUACGCACGUUGUAUCGCCACCAUCUUGUACAAUACGCCCGACUACAACGCGAAACUGCGAGAAGCUGCUCGUGCCUCGGUUGAGCGUUUCUCCGAGAAGGAAUUCGAAAGCGGGUUCUUACGCGCGAUUUCUCCCAUCAUGGAUUGAUGCUAGGACUUCCGGUUCGUGUUCUCGCUGCUACAGUGCAAGGUUUGCUGGUGACGGUAGUCCUUCAGCCACAAUCGCCGUCAUUUCGUUGUGUUUAACGCCAGCUAAAUAUUCGUUAGUUUUUAGAAAACCCAAAAUAAUGACAAAAUGAAGACGUACCGGUGGAACCCAGCACAUUUGGUUGAAUGUGUAAAAUGAUGCAGCAUAAAUGAAAGGAAGUUAACCAAAAGCAGCUCGAGUCAGUUCUGUUUCCAUUCUCAGCGUGCGGUAUCUGCGCCGCACUGUGUAUGCAACGGAUCGAAUAGGAAUAAGAAUUUGAUUCAACUGAUUCAAUUAUGAAUCCGAUUCAAAACUACGUGAUUGCUAGGCCGAACGUGAGAAAGGUAGGAUACAAUUGCGCUUGGAAGUGAAGCUUUAUAAUUAUAACCAUAUCAAUAAGGAGAGAUCAAAAAAGGCCUAGGUCACCGUUAAUAUUUCGAAGUUCCUCUCCACCACUGAAGUUUCUAGAUUAUCCCAUGUUUGCGGAACUCUUAGGGCAUCUCUAAUAAGCGUUUUGCGACGAGCUCUAAAGGUGUAAGCAGCCGACCCAUCCCGUUUUCCUUCAGGGGAAUCAGCUUGUUCUGGGGUGCAAAAAUAUUCUUCAUGUUCUUGCUUGACGGCACUACAGUCCCUCCGAUCGGAGCUUUCUUCCAGCCCACCAGGGACGUGAUUUGCAUAAUUUCGGAUCGCCCCAUAUGUUGAGUUCGAUUACUUGAGACUGGGAAGUAGCUUCUACCUUACUUGAGACUUAGAAGUAGUACCUGACCUCAUUUGGAAUCUGUCCUACGCAGCCAUUUUCGUAGGGGGAACCGUCUUGUUGGCUUUUUGAAUGUGGAGAAUUUCUGAUAUAUCAAAUUUCUUAAAUUUCUUACAUUUUUGACACAAAAGAAGGAAUAAUGUUCAUGAUCAUAUACUGUAAUUACGAUCGAUCAUAAUAGUCUGCCACAAUGUCCACAAAGCCGAUUAGCGAUUGUUUCCCACGGUAGUGUGCCCGAUUGAGUAACGAAUUCGGAACAAACACUAUUGUUUAGUCGCGAUCAAUAAAGUCUGAGAAAUAGGUUUUGCCAAUCGACUUCGAUUCGUAGUUCCGAAUCGAACACGCGCGAUCAAAAUUUUUUUUUUACUUUUCUUCGCCAAGUUCGACUUUCACAUUCCCCUUCUUGAUCGCAACUGAAUUCUCUAACUUCGAUCCCUACUGAUCGGCUCGACCACCCAAAUAUCGUUUCCGAUGCAUGUCCUAACAUGACUUGAUCGCUGCCUCGUGCACCUUAUAGCUUUACAAAGAGCUCCUUUCCAUGUUUUCAACUGAAUCGCUUCCAGUAUCCCGAUUGUACGCUACGGCCAUGAUUGCCUCUGUGAGUAAUCGCGCAGAAAUUUAUUUAUGUGAUGUAGAUAAGCAUGCUACAAUGUUUAUGAAGGUAUAAAAUAUUGUAAAUUCUAUUGAUACCUUAGUCGUGCUCUAAUCAAACGUCCGAAAAGAAGUUGUGUUUUUCGUCAGCAAACAU